AUGUGUAUUAAUACAAUUUUCCGCACUAUUUGGAAUAGCUUAUUAUCACUUUUCGUCACCAGCACUUUGCCAGAAGUGGACGCGUUGACAAAAGAAGAGAUUAAGCUGUUAGUGGACAAUUGGCCCAAAUUGAAAGAAAAAAAUCCUGAUUUAUUCCGAAGAGCUUGGAUAAAAUCAGCACGAAUGAGCGUCAAUGUCAAAAAGGCAACUGGUUUACGAGAUGAUGAAGAUCCGGAAACCAAUGGAAGAUUCGUUUCGUUAUCGCCAUUAAUUGAAGAUUUCGUCGAUAAACUUAUUAUCGAAUUUCGCUGUGAUGAUAUUAAAGUGGCAGAAGCUAGUCGCAAACUUGGUGCUAGGCAUGUACUUCUUGAAAAUUUUCAUACAAAUUUCUGGGAUAUUUUUCUGGGCAAUUUGAUUCAUAUUAUCAUUGAAGCGCAUUUGGAAGGCGAACAACGAGAAAUUGCGACCAUUUGUGAAAAAUUUUUUUCUUUUUUUGUUAGCUUUAUGCGUGAUGGAUAUAAAAUGCGAGUACAGGAAGAACUGAGCGGUCGUAGACGCAUGAAAGCAUAA